AUCCUUUAUUAUUCGUGGGUCAAAUUCUGUAACCACCUCCUCCACUCCCAACAACAGCAGAUAGACCACCAGGAGAUGUGAAGAAAGUGGAUUUGAGCCAGAAGAUCAGGUUUGCAGCCUCCUGCUUGAUUCCAUUUUCACAAUGAAUAAGACUUUGUCAUUAAUCUCUUCUGUUUCUCAGCAAUAUUGUAAUACAAGGCGGACAGCUGACUGCUGUGACUAUAAAAAGGUGGGUGGUUGUUGCUGGGACCUGACUGGGUGCGCUCCAUCAUUGAGGAUGUCUCUGACACUGGGAACAAUAAAGUUGUUGCGAUUUGAAGGCAGCGGUUUCCGGUUUGGUGGAGGUGGUUUCCGGUGUCAUGGCCGCCGCCUGCUUUCGGUGGCGGUUUCGGGUUUAACUCGGCUCCGGUCACAAUGUCAGCGGCGCUGCCGGAGCGACAGGGAGUGGUGGGGGAUCUGCAGCAGAAGCCCAAGGCCGAGCUGCUGGAGCUGCUGAGGGGAUGUCUAGGCGUUUGGACCCAGGGGACGAAGGGGAGGCUGGGGGUGGGAGAGAGAAAUGGGCAGCGAGGUCACAAUCGGGAGAACGGGACUCGAGGUGGGCGUGUGGAAACCAUUCUCCCUGCUGCAGAAGGUAGCGAUUUGAAGUUUAUCCAGAACCUGCCAGACAAGGGUAAACGGAUUGCUGAGUUUAUAGAAAAACUAGAAGCAGCAAUUUCUCAGCAUGAAGAAGUGGAGCGAGCAGCUGAAAUGCUUUCAGCUUUUAAACUGGAGUUUCAAAACCAGCAAAAGGUGAUAACGUCUGACAAGGAGGAAAUCCUCCAUCUCAAGAGCGCAUUGCCAACUCUAACACCAGGACAAGAUGUUGGAAACAAAUUGAAGGAUUGUAAUGAAGCUGAGAAAGGUGGAUAUGUUUUGUCACAAGAUGAUGGUGAAGCAACUAUAAACAGGGACGAAUUAAAUCAGGAGAGACAUGCAGUAUUUGAAAAAGAGCAUGCACCUUCUGGAUGCUACACAGCUAAGGGUACUACAAGAAAUGAGAACUCUCUGGAUUCUGUGUUGCCCAAUCAGGGAACCAAGUAUGUAGAACAGGAAACGAGCAGUCAUAGCCAUUUCCAUGACAUUGCAAAUGACCUGGAAGCAGAUCUUGUCAACAGAGCUGAUUUGCUUAGUGAUAGGCUUGACAAAGUCAGUCUGAUUGAUAAUGGAAAAGUAUCUUGUAAAAUCGAUGAUCCACCUUUAAACAAUAAUGCCAAAUUUAAUGACAAUCCAUUUCAGACUUUGCACCAAGAAAAUAAAAGACCUCAUUACAUUGACAUACUGGAGCACAGGGCCAAGAAUCCAGUGAUGAAAAGAUCACAAUUUAAAACUAACCGCCCAAUAUUGGAAUCACCCAGUUCAUCUCCAGACCAAUCACCCGGCAGAUCUGAAUUAAAACUGUCUCCAGCAGAACGAAGGUUAAGGGACCGGAAACACCUGGAUGAUAUCACAGCUGCUAGAUUGCCCCCACUUUACCAUUCUCCUGCUCAACUACUGUCUGUGGAAGAGUCCAGAGAACUACAAAUAUCACAGAAGCAAAAGUAUGAGUCCACACAGGCCAAGUUAGCUGCGGCGAAACUAACACAAAGAUUGAAUAUUAAAAUAAUGAACUUUGACCCGGAAGGUGCAACUGCUACAGCUUUUCGAGAAUACAGGGAUCGCGGAGGCAGUUCUUCAGAAGAAGACUUAAGCUGACAGCCCUCCUUCCAAACAUGAAAGAUCAAUAGUUGUGCCUUUUGUGGUGACAAUUGAGACACUGAAACCAGGCAUUCUAUCUAUGCAAACAUUCUUAUUGCAGCAUGUAACAUUAUUUUCAUACGUUUACAGAGGCUAAUGCUGGUCUCUUUAUUCUUGACAUUAUAAUUAAAUUAUACCAGUGUGUAUAUUCUGAGAGUUGUAUUAAUGAGAAGUCUUGUGCAGCAUGGAAGGUGAGUGACUGUUCCCUUUGCACCAAUGUGGUCAGUUUCACUUUGUACCAUUGCUGUACUGUACACUUUAUUAAUUCAAGAAGUAAACUAUUUUCAUAGUAUUAAAGGUAAAAUUAAAGUUGAAAAUGUUGAUUACUUAAGUGCAUAGCUGUUUUAAUUUGUGGUGUAAAAUGUUUAUGGAGGAAGAUGAUGUUGAUUCAGUUAUUUCUGUCACUAGCUAUUGGUAAUGCAUUGUGUCACUAAAGCAAUAUUGUUUAAAAAGUGGGGAUGAUAAGUUGCAACAUUCAAUAGUUUAUUUUCAUAAGGCAUGUUUUACUAGGUCAGUGGCCUGACCUGUUACAUUGAACUGACUACUUUUUAGUGAAAUUUAGCUAGAGUUAUUAUAAUUAGCACAAAAUAUCUCAGAAUUUUAAGUGCAAUUUGUGUUCAACACAAUUCUAGAUUCUGUGAUCAUUUGCACCAGUUUUAAAAACAUCCUAGUGCAAGUAGGUCUGAACUACAGUGAAUCAAUAACCAAUUUGUGUUUCUUCUCAUUGUGUGUAGGCUUUAGGUAAACUUUUUGAAGUUAAACAUUUUAGCUGAACUUCAAUUUGUUUUGAUGCAAGAUAUCUCCCUUAACACCUAACAGAUUAUUCAUCCCUCACUUGAAUAAACUCGAUGAUUAAACAUUCACUGACCAAAGAUUCAGAAAAAACCAUUAUCAAGUGAAGACAUUUUUUAAAACUUUUUUUUGUUGUUGUAAGUGGGCAAUCCUUUAGUUUAGAACAAUGGUCCGUGGUUCUCCUCUCCCUGGAAAAUAUUUUCCAAGAAUUGACAUUAUUGAUUCCCCUUAAGAGUUGUGUUUCUGUGAGACCACCUCUUUUCCCCCCCCCCCCUCUCAGUUAUGUGUUAUUUAUUUACAUAUUUAAAAUGUUGUAUAGUAUUAGAUAUGCAAAUUAGGUUGAGCAGGAACUCAAGGGAAACAUUUUCAAAAUGGGUGCAGAAUUGUGCUGGAAACAGUAAUUGUGCCCAAAGUGCAAACUGUGUGCCUGUGUAUCUUGCCAUCUCAUAAUUGUAUGGCAUGAAAGAAUUAGAGGUUUGGAACAAGUCUUAUUUAUAACCUUAUUUACAAUCCUCUAUUUAAAACUCUUUGGCAACAAGCUGAAACCUUCGUUCAUUAUAUGAUGUAAAUUCCAUCUAUAAGUUUGGAAGGAAAUUUAUUUUGACAUUA